AUGAAGCAUCUGGUCUUGAUAUUAUUAAUUUUCAUAUCUGUCUGUUAUUGUGAGGAGGAGCAGCAGAAUACGGACCCAGAGCUUGCAAAUUCUGAAGCACGCUUCCGGCGGUCGCUGACGGAUGACCUCAUCAAGGUUCAGGAGAAAAAUAAGCUCGUCAACGGCCUGACGAAGUUGGAUCCGGAUGUGAAGCGGUUGUUGCUAGAUGAAGCCUCCGACAAAACAACGAAGCAAAGACGCGGCAAAGCCAAUAAGCUAAGGAAACAGAGAAGAGCCAGAUUAGCCAAACUGAGACAAGCGAGGAGGAAGUCGCACUACAACAAACCGAGCGCCCGGAAGCUGGCCAAGCUGCUAGCGAAGCGAAGGGCCGGCAGCCGUAAAAAUAUGAGAAAGCUGGCGAAGUUGGCGAGGAAGCAGGCUAAAGCCGCCAAGCGGGCCGCCAGAAAGCAGAGGAAGGCGCACAAACGAGGA